AUGGAGGUAGAAGGGCUGUUCAGCCAGGCGCGGAUCUGUAUUGUCUGCUCCGCCCAGCUGAAUGCAGAACAGGCAGAAGAAAUAUCCUCUGCUUUACGAGAAAACGGAGGCGAGGUGGUUAUAAAUGAACCGCAGGCACCACUCCCACCCGUAAACGAGUUUAGUCACAUCAUCUCCCCGACCAUAGACUUCCAAGGACAUGAUGCAGCAUGCGACGCCCUCAUUCCGGUAGUCAAGCCCCAGUGGGUGCAGAUGUCUAUAUCAAAACAGAAGCUUGCGAACCCGCGGCAGUACAACCCAGACCCACGGCUAUUUAUGAACGACGUUAUUGUCACCUGUGAAGAUAUCCCCGAAGGUGAUAAAGAUGCGAUCAUUGGUGGAGUUUUGGCUAUGGGAGGUCUAUACACAUCUCGCAUCACCAACAGCACGACCCAUCUCGUUACUUUGACAAUGAAUGAGAGAUGUAUGGCGGCGAAGAAGAGGGGCCUCGCAACUAAGAUCGUACUACCUCAUUGGUUCGACGAUUGCCUCAAGCUUGGGAGGCGGAUUGACGAACGACCUUACUUACUUCCCAAUCCCGAGAUUCUUCAACCAGAGUACGAACGGCCCCCGCGAAUUGCUGCAAACAGGGACGUUAUAGGUGCCUCAACUCCGGAACCCAACACUCUCCCAGACCGGACCGCUUCUCCCGGCGGCUCAAGGAAAGAAUUAAACAUCUUCAAGAGGAAAACCGUGAUGAUAUCUUCAGAUUUAGGCAUAGCAGAGCACAUGGCCAGCUCAAUCAAAGAGCUGAUCCGCGAAGGCGGCGGCCAAACCACCAACGAGGUUUCAAAAUGCGACAUAUUCAUCUGUCGAUACCGUGAAGGUGAAGACUACAAGAUGGCAUCCAGAGCUGGCAAGGACGUUGGCAAUCUCUCGUGGUUAUUCCACCUAAUAACGCAUAAUGCAUGGACAUCUCCGCUGCGAAGGCUACUUCACUACCCUAUUGCACGAGAGGGGAUCCCCGGCUUUAAUAAAUUCAAAAUAAGUCUCUCCAAUUACGCAGGGGAGGCAAGGAUUUACUUGGAGAAUCUCAUAGCUGCUGCUGGCGCCGAAUCGACAAAAACCUUGAAGCAGGAAAAUACCCAUCUGUUGACCGCUCAUAAAAACAGUGAAAAAUGCACUGCUGCUAAGGAGUGGAAUUUACAUAUUGUCAAUCAUCUUUGGCUCGAAGAGAGCUAUGCAAAAUGGCAGCAACAAAGUGUCACAGACCCUCGAUAUACCCACUUUCCUCGACGGACAAAUUUAAGCGAUGUUGUAGGUCAAACACGAAUAGACAAAUACACCGUUGAGGAGCACUUUUUUCCUCCUGAACCAACUCCGGGUGUGAAGAAGUCGAUCACCCUACCACAGAAAGGCAACAAUGCUACCUUGAAUAGGUCUUCUAGUAACGCCAAGACACCAAAAUCAGGCCGCAAAGCUAUUAAUGAAGGUCCAGAAAUGCCAGGUCCCGAGCCUGACAGUACUACAAAGGUGACGAAGAAACUAAAGGAAAAGUCUCUACAAACUCCGGUACCCUCCAGAUUUGCCGAACUUGGAAAAGAAAAUGAGACACCCUCUACUACUGGAAGCCGGAAAUCAAAGGAUAUUGCGGCUGCUAAAUUACAUAACCUUGCUCCUGAUAUAUCUUUAUAUGAAAAGGAAUUAAAGCGAGUUGGCGGUGUAAUCUAUGGAGGCCGAAGGAAGAGUACUGGGGAGCCUGAUUCUGCUAGGAAGAGAUCCGCUGAACCCGACAGUGCGUCUGGCUCGGAAGAUGCCAUCGAGACGAAGAGAAUAAAGACGUCCAAACCGCCAAUAGCAAUCCGUUUAGUUAUUACGGGAUUUAACAGAUGGGUUGAGAAGCCCAACAUAGAGGACUCGGAGAGAACUCAACUCAGAGAUCUAGGAAUUUUGGUUAUCCCUGAUCCGUCCCGGUGCACUCAUUUAGCAGCGCCGUCUAUCAAACGAACCCAGAAAUUUCUCAAUGCUCUAGCACACGCACCCGUUAUCAUAAACUCCAAUUUCAUUACAGACUGCCUUGAGAAAAAAGAACUCCUAGAUCCCAACGACUAUAUCCUCAAAGACAAAGCUUCCGAGAAAAAGUACAAUUUCACAUUAGAAAAGGCAAGGCAGCGAGCAAAGAAAAACGAGCAAAAACUGCUAAGUGGACACACCAUUUACUGCGCGGAUAAAGUCAAUGGUGGAAUUGAGGCUUUCCAGGCAAUAAUUGAGGCGAAUGGGGGACAAUGCGUGCCAUAUCGAGGGCGGCCAGGGACAAUGAUAAGUAGCCGGCGUUUAGCAGCCAAUGGCCCUGACCAACCCGAAGCGGAUGAUGUAUAUCUGAUCAGCGGAACUGACAAGAGCAGUGUCAAGCUGUGGGAGAAGUUCCGGACAAUGGCUCGCAAUGCCAAACGUGUGCCUAGGGUCGUCAGUUCGGAUUGGUUGUUGGAUAUUGCUUUAUCUCAGGAAUGGCGGAGUGGAGAUUCAUACGAACACCCCGACGAAAAUACUUCGUAA